AUGGAAGCAAUUGAAAUUGACAGAAUGCUUCCACGUUUGUUUGAGUUAUUCAAAAGUUUCUUCAAUAAUAUUCAAGAUUUUGCAAAGAAAGCUAUUGAGAUGGGUAAAAAUGAUCCAAGAAAGAUCAUUUUUUCAUUAAAAAUGGGAUUUGCUUUAUCAUUUGUGUCUCUUCUUAUUUUUUGGAAGAAACCAACUGAUGUUGCUCAAUUUGCAAUAUGGGCAAUCUUGACUGUUCUUGUUAUGUUUGAGUUCACUAUAGGAGCAACUUUUAUUAAAGGAUUUAAUCGUGGCUUGGGAACAUUUUGUGCUGGAAUGCUUGCCUUCAUAUUUGCUCAAUUAGCAUUAUGGGCUGGAGAAAGGGAAAAAGCUGUAAUUGUUGUGAGCAUUUUUAUUGUAGCAUUUAUAGGAACAUAUUUGAAGUUAUAUCCAACAAUGGCACCAUAUGAAUAUGGAUAUAGAGUAUUUAUUUUGACAUAUUGUAUUCUCAUUGUGGCUGGAAAUAGAACUAGAGAAUAUAAUGUGGCUAUUUUCACUCGUUUAGCCCUAAUUGCUGUUGGUGCUGGUAUUUGUUUGAUGAUUAAUAUUAGUGUUUGCCCUAUUUGGGCUGGUGAAGAUUUGCAUCGAUUGGUCGUUAAGAAUUUCAUGGAUCUUGCAACGUCUUUGGAAGGUUGUAUCAAUGGUUACUUAAGUGGUGUUGAUUGUGAUGAAGCUACAAAUGAUUCAGAUUAUAAUGGCUACAAAUCUGUUAUAGAAUCAACAAGUCGAGAGCAAACAUUGCUUGGAUUUGCUAUUUGGGAGCCACCUCAUGGACGUUUUAAAAUGCACAAGAAUCCUUGGAGAGACAUUGUCAAAUUGAGCAGUGGAUUGAGACAUUGUGCAUUCAUGGUCAUGGCAUUGCAUGGAUGUAUCCAAUCAGAAAUUCAGGCACCACCAGAAAAAAGGAAGGUUUUCCGAAACGAGCUUAAGAAAGUUGGUACAAAUGCUGCAAAAGUUCUACGUGAGUUAGGAACAAAAUUAGAGAAACUAGAAAUGCUAAAUGGUCACGAAAAUAUCUUAAAAGAAGUGCAUGAGACAGCACAAAAUCUUCAAAAAAAAGUAGAUCACAAGUCAUAUCUCUUGGUCAAUUCAAAGAGUUGGGAAAUUGGAAAAUCGAACAUUAUUAAUAACCUUGACGAUUCUUCAAGUGAAAAUAGUAGUGAAAAUAUACCAUUAAGUUCUCGAUCAUUAAGUGAAACAGCUAUCGACAUAAGGUCAUUACAAGGAAAUUGGCCACAAUCUGAUCAAUUAGUGGCAAAGUUAACACCAUUUAAGAAGCAAAAUCAAUGGCCUUCGCGUCUUUCACUUGUUGAUGGUGAAAUUGCUGAUACAAUCGAAAUGGAAACUUAUUUAAGUGCGAGUGCUCUCUCCUUAGCGACGUUCGCGUCACUUCUCAUUGAAUUUGUUGCAAGGCUACAAAAUGUGGUUGACAAUUUUGAAGAAUUAAGUCAAAGGGCAGAGUUUAAAGAGUCAAUUAGUGUUAAAAGUUAA